GGUGCCCGGCAGCGCCCAGCAGGCAGCGUGGGCUGGAGCCUCGUCACUGAAGCACAGAAGCCACUUCUUCUGGGCCCACGAGGCAGCUGUCCCAUGCUCUGCUGAGCACGGUGCCAUGCCUCUGCAACUCCUCCUGCUGCUGACUCUUCUGGGCCCUGGAAGCAGCCUCUGGCUGUGGGACACCAGGACAGAUGGAGCCAGAAAACCCCCAGGGCCCCUGCUUGCCCGAGGGCGGAGACAGACGUUCUUGGACGAGGAUUAUGAUUAUGAACCAGUAGGCACGGACCCUCCAGAAGAACUUAACGGUGUUGUGACACCAAACCUCAAACUUCUGACUACGAUGGGAACAUCAGGGCAGAGAAGUUCUGUGGGACCUCGAAAACCUGAGCCUACCACUGUGGAGGCUACCACAAGGGACUCUGCUGGCCUGGGCACAGGAAGGGCAGUUGUGGGGAAUGUGAGCACAGAGUUGGCCUCACAGUUGACUCUGGUCACACUGGACCCUCUGGUCACAGAACUGGCCACUGUGAGUGUUUCCAUCACAGAUGAUCCAUCCAACAAGGAGGCUCUGUCCAUGACACUAGCUACCAUGGAGGUCCUGUCCACAGGGCCAGCAGUCAUGGAAGCACACACCACUCAACCAGCAGCCACGGAAGACAUUGUCAUGGCACCUGUUGCCACAGAGGCCUGGUCCACAGAACGCACCUCUACAGAGGCCCCAUCUACAAAACCCACUGCCACAGAGAUCCUACCCAAAAAACACACUGCCUCAGAGGCCCCACCCACAGAACCCAUUGCCACGGAGGCCCCAUCCACAGAACCCAGUGCCACAGAAGCCCCGUCCACAGAACCCAGUGCCACAGAAGCCCCGUCCACAGAACCCAGUGCCACAGAAGCCCCAUCCACAGAACCCAGUGCCACAGAAGCCCCAUCCACAGAACCCAGUGCCACGGAGGCCCCAACCACAGAACCCACUGCGAUGGAGGCCUUUUCUGCAAACUCCACUGCCAUAGAGGGCCUGCCUGUGAACCACACAAUUAUAGAGGCUCUAUCCACAGAGUCAGCUGCAAAAGAAGCCCUUCCCUCAGUGGCCCUAUCCAUGGAGCCAGCCACCACGAAGGGUAUUCCCGUGGCAGCUAGUAAUCUGUCUGCCGUCAUCAACAUGAAAAAUGGGCAGACUCUUCCCCCUAUGAUCACUGUGGCUCCCACCCCUACAGGGCCCCCAGACCACAUCCCUGUGAAGCAGUGCCUGCUGGCCAUCCUCAUCCUGGCCCUUGUGGCCACUGUCUUCCUUGUGUGCACCGUGGUGCUGGCAGUCCGCCUCUCCCGCAAGAACCACACAUACCCUGUGCGGAAUUACUCUCCCACUGAGAUGGUCUGCAUCUCAUCCCUGUUGCCUGAUGGGGGCGAGGGGCCCCCUGCUACGGCCAAUGGGCGCCUGCCGAAGGCCAAGAGCCAGGGCUUGAUGCCAGAGCCUGGGGAGGACCAUGAAGGCGAUGACCUCACCCUGCACAGCUUCCUGCCUUAGCAAGGCCCUGGCUGGCUGCCUUGCUUCCUCCCUGGUCCAGCUGGGCCACCAUUGAGCACUCAGGCCUCCAUUCUGUGGGUCUGUGCUUCCUCAGAGAACCCCAGGGAUGGGUAUCUGCAGAGAAGGAACCCUGGCUGGCCCAGACAAGGACCAAGACUGGCCACAGUCCUGCCACCAAGCAGGAUGGGCAAGUGGAACCACCUCUUCCUCCUUCCUGCCUCCAGAGAAGCCCAGCCACCUCCAGCAACAGACCAUGGGCAGUAGCCAUUUGGCCCAGAGAGACCCUCUCCUUCCUGUACCCUUCUGAUGUUUCCUUCUGCCAUCCUCUUUUCUCCAGGCCACUGGAGUCUCAUCCCCACAAACCCAAGGAAGACUGGGUUCCUUCACCCCACUCCCAUCACCAUUGUCUUCUGGUUGCCAUGGUCACCAGGUGGGAAGGAGACCGUUUGCAGGCAGUAGGGAAGGGGCACUAAAGAGUGAGGAUUCCGAGGCCAUUUCCUGAUGCUCUGCAGAUUUUCCAGGUCCUUCUCUGGGGAGCCCAGAGUGAGGCCUCAGACUGUGAGGGCUGGGUGGGUUAGGAGAGCCCAAAGACCUUGCUUUGGGACUGUGUGGACAAAAGAGCUUCCCUCUGGUAACAGAGUAGCCCCAACCUGUCUUUGUCCGCCUUGCCCUGCAGCCACUUUUCAGGGUGGGCUCUGCCGGGUUUGCUGCAGCAUUCCCCUGCCCAGCCCAGGGUCAGGCACAGCACAGGCACUCAAUAAAUAUGUGAUGAAC